UGCCAAUCUCUCCCCUAUAUAUCCUAUAUACGUCUCCACAUAAAGAGUGCGUUACUAUCUAAGUGCUCGUUUGUAUAUAUGUACAAACAAAAAACAAGAAAUUAGUCUAUCAAACGAAGAAGAUUACCAAAAAUGGCACCUUCGACAUUGACAGCUCUAGCAGAGGAAAAGACACUUCAAACAAGUUUCAUAAGAGAUGAAGAUGAGCGACCAAAAGUGGCGUACAACCAAUUCAGCGAUGAGAUUCCGAUCAUAUCGUUGAAGGGUAUUGAUGAUGAGGGUGGAAUUAAUGGAAGAAGAGGUGAAAUAUGUGAAAAGAUUGUCAAGGCAUGUGAAGAUUGGGGCGUUUUCCAGGUAGUUGAUCAUGGUGUUGAUGCUCAACUUAUCUCACAAAUGACAACUCUCGCUAAACAAUUCUUCGCUUUGCCUGCUGAGGAAAAGCUACGGUUUGACAUGUCGGGUGGCAAGAAAGGUGGCUUCAUUGUCUCUAGCCAUCUACAGGGUGAAGUGGUCCAAGAUUGGCGUGAAAUAGUGACCUACUUCUCAUACCCAAUUCGGGCUAGAGACUACUCUAGAUGGCCAGACAAACCAGAGGGAUGGAUAGAUGUGACUCAAAAGUACAGUGAAAAGUUAAUGGAGUUGGCUUGCAAAUUAUUGGAAGUACUAUCAGAGGCUAUGGGCUUAGAGAAGGAGGCCUUAACCAAGGCAUGUGUGGAUAUGGACCAAAAAGUGGUUGUCAAUUUUUACCCAAAGUGUCCACAGCCUGACCUUACCCUUGGGCUGAAACGACACACUGAUCCAGGAACCAUCACCCUCUUGUUACAAGACCAAGUUGGUGGGCUUCAAGCCACUAAAGAUAAUGGCAAAACUUGGAUUACUGUUCAGCCCGUUGUUGGCGCUUUUGUUGUCAAUCUUGGUGACCAUGGUCAUUUUUUGAGCAAUGGAAGGUUUAAGAACGCUGAUCAUCAAGCAGUGGUGAACUCGAAUAGCAGCAGAUUAUCGAUAGCUACGUUUCAGAAUCCAGCACCAGAGGCAAUAGUGUAUCCUUUGAAAAUUAGGGAAGGAGAGAAGGCAGUGAUGGACGAGCCCGUAGCAUUUGCAGAAAUGUAUAGGAGGAAAAUGAGUAAGGACCUUGAGCUUGCUAGGCUCAAGAAACUAGCCAAGGAGCAGCAAAUACAAGCUGAAGAAGCUGCUGAGAAGGCCAAGUCGGAAACCAAGCCUAUUGAUGAAAUUCUUGCUUAAUUUUACAAUUUUAGUCAUUAUACAUAUUUUAAUGCUCGAAAUUGAUCCUACUCCUAUAAUUUCUUUUUAUUACUACUAUUGUCUUCAAUAACCAUUUAUCUUGCCGUUUUGAAUUGGUGAUAAAGUUGCCAAACCUAUAUGUUUGGUAUGCUAAGGAGAAAGUGCAAACCUUUUGUCAAAGUAAUUUUGUUACUGCAUGUUACUGUCA